GGAAGCGUGUUUAACGUUUGUUAGCAGACUGCUAUCAGCGGUGAGUAAACCGUUUAUACGGAUAGAGAGGUAUUUUAAACGACCAACGCGAACAACAUGACACGUAGCUAGCGAGUAGACUGCGAAUUUAAUGUAAAAUGGCUGAAACGGUAAGUUCAGCACGAAGAGGACGCAUGGACUUCAGCCCAGUAAGGAGACACGACUCGAACAAGGAGAAUGAUGUUCCCGUUUUGAGUUUGAUCCAGUUUUCAAAGGCUCCUUUUGUGACCUUCGGGACAGUAAAGUUGGGCACCUCCAGGUCGGCUGUUCUGCGGAUAGAGAACCCCACAGUGGACGGAGAUGCGGAGGUUAUUAUUGAAAAGAUCCCAUCUAGUAAAGGCUUUUCUGUGGACUACAACACGUUCACGAUCCAGCCUGAGGGCUCAUUCAGUCUGACAGUGACCUGGACUCCGACAGAAGAAGGUGGGAUCAGAGAGCUCAUCAUCUUCAAUGCCAAUGGGAUCCUCAAGCACCAGGCUGUUCUGCUGGGAAGAGCAGAGGCUCCGAAAAAGAAAAAGAAGAGCUUAUGGGACACAAUCAAAAGCAAAAGAGGGGGUGAAGAAGGGGCUGCGCCGAGCAGAAAGAAAUCCAAACCCCCACUGAAGAUGGCAGCCAAUAAAACAUUCCAAGUGUCCCGAAAGCCACAGUACAAACGGGACAAACCACGCAGCCCGCUUGCUUCGCUUAACGAGGAAAAGGUUGUCAGAGAGAGGUCCCUUACCAAGCACAGCCCCAGUGAUGGUUGCUGCCUGACAUCAGAGGAGCUCAAGGCCUUAAAUCCCAACCAAAGCCAGCAGCCUCUGGUGUUGUCAGACCAGGAGAAUAUCUGUCAGAAGAACUCUCCUCACGUCAUGCUCGUCCCUACUGCAAAGCUGAUGGACUCUGGAAACACGUCUGCUUGUUCAGACAACCUGGCAGGAAAACCUGAUAACAAAGAUCUCGCUAAGUUGCUUAACAGGACGCUAUCACCUAUCGGGACACCGGAGAGGUUUAAGAAGCUGAUGCCUCAUAUUCAUUCCGAGAGCCCACCUCUUGCUGCUCCUCAUGUUGACAGUGUAUCUUACAAAGCCUCUGCUCUGUCUUUGAAGGAUGCGCUGAUGCUCAUUGACUCUGAUCUGAUCUCCUUUAACACCAGUCCCCGAGACGCUAAUUUGAGCUGUGACUUUUCAGAUUCACUGGAAUCCCUGAGCGAAAAGCAAAACCCCGGACCUCACACAAAUGUCCUCAAAUCAAUACACGGUAGCCCGGAGCUGUGCAAGCCCAACGAGCCAAGACUGACCUUCUUUGUCAGCAAAAAGGUUGUUGUGAAUGAGGUUGUUGGUUCAGAGGCCGAUAAGGCGAAAGAAAAUGUAAAAAAGCCCUCGUUCUGCUCCGCCACGGUGACCAAGAGCAAAGCACCAGCGGAGGCAAACAGUUCGAGUGGAAGGAAAAUCAAGAAAUCACGGCGACGGCUCUUAGAGAAGACACUUGAGAUGGCUGAUGGCAGCAGUCAGUGUGAGUCUGGACGAGGCACUCCAACCCUCCCUGUGAUAGAGCCGGACAGAGCAGCCACACUGUGUGAUGACGGCCAUCGAGCCCCAGAGUUUACCUCCUGCAGCCCGUCUCCAAGGCCCGACGCCUCGCCCGCUCCCAUCACCUUCCCCGUCUCCUCCCUUCCACCCAUCGCUCCUUCUCGCUUCUCUUUCUCCGUCGCUUCUCUGCCUGCUUCAGAUCCGACUCCCAUCGCUUUUACCCUCACGUCUCCAUCACCUGUGGGCUCAUCCUCUCCUCUCCACUUGUCAAACUCUAGUCUGUGCAAGCAGUCCCCAACAGUUUUACCACCUCCUCCCAUUCAGGAAGAAUUGUUUCCCAUUCAUGUGGUGGGAAAGAGCAAGAAGAGGAAGAGUGAGGAGUAUUUGAGAAAGAAUUACAAGACUGAGGAUGCUGGGAAAACUGAGCCGGUCAAAAGGAGCAGGGUGGUAACUAGAAGAACCGAGCCCUCGAGACCAGUACAGGAGAAGAGAGGUGUAUCACAGCGGCAGAGAACAGCAGGCCCAGCAUCCUCAGUGACCACAUCUUCUCUAAAGACUACAAGGUCUGCAGUUCCUGCUCAGGCUAAGCAACUGAGCUCCAAAGCCAUCUCACGAGGUGCUGCAUCUCGGAAAACAUCUGCUGCUCCAUCUGUGAAGACGGCAAAAGUAGUCGCCGUAGCGCAGUCGAAGCUGACGUUUAUUAAACCGGCUCAAACAGCUUUACCACGACAUCCCAUGCCGUUUGCUGCCAAGAACAUGUUCUAUGAUGAGAGAUGGAUCGAGAAGCAGGAGAGGGGAUUCACAUGGUGGAUCAACUACGUUCUCACCCCAGAUGACUUUAAAGUGAACACUGAAGUCACUAAAGUGAGUGCCGUGUCUCUUGCCAUGGGCAGCGAUGACAACUUCAGUGUGCCUAAAGCUCCCACCAAAGAGGAGAUGUCUUUCAGCACCUACACGGCCAGACGGAAGCUAAACCGCCUCCGUCGUUCUGCCUGCCAGUUGUUCACAUCCGAAGCCAUGGUCAAGGCUAUUCAGAGGCUAGAGCUGGAGGUGGAGGCCAGACGGCUGCUUGUCAGGAAAGACCGCCACCUUUGGAAGGACAUCGGUGAACGCAAAAAAGUCCUCAGCUGGCUGCUUUCAUACAACCCGCUGUGGCUGCGGAUCGGCCUCGAGACGAUCUACGGUGAGCUGAUCUCUCUGGAGAGCAACAGCGAUGCUCUGGGUCUGGCUAUGUUCAUCCUCCAGCGGCUGCUCUGGAACCCAGACAUCGCUGCUGAGUUCAGGCACCCCAGAGUGCCUCACCUCUACAAAGACGGCCACGAGGAGGCGCUGUCCCGCUUCACUCUAAAGAAGCUGCUCCUGCUAGUGUGUUUCCUGGACAAAGCCAAAGAGUCCAGACUGAUUGAACACGACCCCUGUCUGUUCUGUGUGGACGCAGAGUUCAAGGCGAGUAAAGACCUGCUGCUGGCCUUCUCGAGGGAUUUCCUGAGCGGAGAGGGUAUCCUCCCCCGGCACCUGGGCUACCUUGGGUUACCAGUCUCCCACGUCCAGAGGCCUCUGGACGAGUUCAACUUCGCUGUGAAAAAUUUGGCAGUCGACUUGAAAUGCGGCAUCCGUCUAGUGCGUGUGAUGGAGCUCCUCGUCCAGGACUGGAGUUUAUCAGCGAAGCUCCGUCUGCCGGCCAUCAGCCGCCUGCAGAAGGUCCACAACGUCGACGUCGCUCUGCACGUGCUCAGAAGCAAAGGAAUCGACCUCAAGGAUGAACACGGCGCCACCAUUGACUCGAGAGAUGUUGUGGAUGGACACAGAGAAAAGACACUGAGCCUCCUGUGGAAAAUCAUCUUUGCAUUUCAUGUGGAGGUGAUUCUGGAUGAGGAUCAGCUCAGGGACGAGAUCGGCUUCCUGAAGAGAACCCUGAGGACCAAACGGAGCCUGGCGUCUCUGAGGACCGAUCGGGGCCUUCAGCUGAGUCCGGCAAUGACCAAGGUGCCGUAUGAACACAGCAGCACCAAGGUUACCCUGCUGAUGGACUGGGUCCGCUCUGUGUGUGACUUCUACAACCUCAAGGUGGAGAACUUCACCGUGACGUUCUCGGAUGGCCGCGUCCUCUGCUAUCUUAUCCACCACUACCACCCCAGUCUCCUGCCAGAGGCGUCCGUCAGUCACAGCACCACUCAGACUGUCGAGUGCUCACCGAGGGGCCGACUGGAGCUCAGCUGCUCAGCCAGCGACUCCGACAGCUCCUUUGACUCCAUGCCGACAGGCCCGAACGGGCUAGAUUCUCCAUCACUGAAGUUUAAAGAGCUCCUGGAUAAUGAGAAAAACAACUUCAAACUGGUCAACAGUGCUGUGGCGUUCCUGGGCGGAGUUCCUGCCAUGAUCAACCCAGCUGACAUGUCCAACACCAUUCCCAACGAGAAGGUUGUGAUGUCCUACCUGUCCUUCUUGUGUGCUCGUCUGCUGGACCUGCGGAAUGAAACCAGAGCAGCUCGGGUCAUACAGGGCGCCUGGAGGAAAUACAGACUAAAGAAAGAUCUACAGCUCUACAAGAAGAGAAACAUGGCUGCGGUGAAAAUCCAGGUGGUGGCAAGGAGGUUUCUCCAGAAGUGCAGAGCUAAGAGGCAGAGUCAAGCUGCUGUUAUCAUUCAGUCAUUCUGGAGGGGCUAUGUAACCCGCAAGAGGCUGAGACUGAAAAAAGAGGCUCAGCUUCGGACGGUGCAGCACGAAGCAGCAACUGUUGUCCAGGCUCAGUGGAGGAUGUUUUCGGCCAUGAGGGAUUACCAACGCCUCAGAUAUUACACCAUUGUUGUCCAGGCACAAUGGCGAAUGAGGAGGGCAACCUCUUCUUAUGGAAAAAUCUACUGGGCGGCAACAGUCAUUCAGAAGUACUCACGAGCAUGGGCUCUUUCAAGAAGAGAUCGGGACCAUUAUGUCUGCCUUAGGACUGCAGCGGUGAAAAUACAGAGAGGGUACAGAAGAUGGAAAGCUCAGAAAACACACAAAGAAAAUCGUGCUGCUGAAGUCAUACAAGCUGCAUUUAAAGAAUGGUACAAGGACAAGAUGGCAAAAAAAUCUGCCGCUGCUGUAAGAAUUCAAUCUUGGUACAGAAUGCACACGUGUCUCUGUAACUACAGAAAGAUCAAGAGCAGUGCUGUGCUCAUUCAAGCCCAGUACAGAGGCCAUGUACAAAGGCGCUGCUUUCGGAUGUUGAAGUUGCAGCACCACUCGGCUGUUGUCAUCCAGAGUGCCUUCAGAGGGCAUGCUGCCAGGAAACAGGAGGCCAAGAUGAGAUGUGCUGCAGUCAUAAUCCAACGCUGGUUCAGGGCCUCUGUGGCAAGAGACACGGAAAGGAACAUGUUUCUGAGGAUGAGACACGCGGCUGUUACCAUACAGGCAACUUAUCGGGGAAAAGUGGCUCGAGAGUCGCUGAAAAAACGACACGAGGCAGCAACAGUAAUCCAGGCAGCUUUUAGGAAAUACGCUGCCCAAAGGCACUACUUUGUCUUGAGAAAAGCUGCAACUGUGAUACAGCAGAGGUACAGAGCCACAGUUUUGGCUCGUAAGACAAAGAAUGAAUAUGAUGGUCUUAGGAAUGCUGCGCUCACUUUACAAGCUAACUGGAGAGGCAGAGCUGACAGGAAGAGGAUAAAACAGCGGCAUCAGUGUGCAACACUGAUACAGGCCUACUAUCGUCAGCACAGAGCACAAACAGAGUACAAAUCCAUGAAGGCAGCAGCUGUAGUCAUACAACAUGCUUACAGAGCCUUUGUGGCUGGAAAGGAGACGAGGAAAGCAUACCUACAAAAGAAAGCAGCAUGUGUUAUUCUCCAAGCUGGAUUCAGAGGCAUGACAGUUAGGACAGAGCUGAAGAAAAAGCACCAGGCAGCGACUGUCAUUCAGUCUUUUAUAAGAAUGUUUUUAUGUAGGAAACAGUAUUUUUUCCUUCAGAGUGCAGCAAUUAUCAUCCAAUGCCGAUACAGAGCUCUUCUACUCUGCAGAGAGCAGCAAAAUGAAUUCAGAAAACUAAAGCAAGCCACCAUAACGAUGCAAGCUGUCUUCCAGGGACUGAGGGUCAGGAAAGACCUAAACAAAAGGCACAAUGCCGCCACAACAAUCCAGGCUCAGAUCAGGAUGCGAAGAAUGCGUUUGGCUUACCUUGCUACCCAGCGUGCUGCAAUUGUUAUACAGCAACGCUACCGGGCUAAAAUGCUCAUGGAUCAACAGAUGCAGAGGUACAGAAGAAUGAAAUGUGCAGCUGUCAUCAUCCAGGCAGUGUACCGUGGCCACCAGGACAGGAGAAAAAUUGCAGAGAUGCACCGAGCCGCGACAUUAAUUCAGAGAAUGUUUCUGACCACCCGAGAUAGAAAGCAGUUCCUAGCUAUCAAGGCAGCAGCUUUGGCCUGUCAGCAGAGGUACAGAGCGGUGAUCCUGGCAAGAAAAGACCGUCUGGACUAUCUGUCAAAGCGCAGCGCAGUCGUUUGUCUGCAGGCAGCCUACAGAGGAUAUGAAGUUAGAAAGCAGCUGCGAAUCGAGCAUAUGGCAGCUGUAACAAUUCAGUCUCACUUCAGAAAGCACCAGCAGAGAACCAACUACAAAAAGCUCCGCUGGGCUUCCUGUGUAUUACAGGCACGUUAUAGAGCUAACAAAAAAAUGAGAACGGAGGUGCACGCCUUAAGAGCCAAAAGAAAUGCUGCUGUUGUCUUACAAGCUGCCUUCCGCGGAAUGAAAUCCAGACGAAUCAUCAAACAAUGGCAUCAGGCUGCCAAUGUUAUCCAGAGAGCUUAUAGGGCCCGCUGCGAAUGCAAGCACUAUUUUACCUUAAAAUCUUCCGUGCUCAGCAUUCAGCGCAGGUAUCGGGCAAAUGUUGCGGCAAAAAAACAAAAGAAACAAUAUGAACAAAUCCGUAAAGCAGCCAUCAUCCUCCAGGCAGCGUACAGAGGGCAGCAGGUCAGAAAGGAGGUUGCUUGUCGCCAUCAGGCCGCCGCUGUGAUCCAAUCUGCAUUCAGAAAACACAAAGAGCAAGCCAAAUUCCAGGCAAUGCGACUGUCUGCCAUUAUCAUCCAGAGACGCUAUAGAGCUCAUGUUCUUCAGAGGAGAGACAGAGAGAACUUCCUGACAAUGAGACGUUCUGUAGUUGUUCUUCAGGCAGCUUUCAGAGGUUGUCGUGUGCGGAACAACAUGACCAAGAUGCACAGGGCAGCUACUGUCAUUCAGGCCAACUUCAAGAGGCACAAACAACAAUCUGCCUUCAGGAGACAACGCUGGGCAGCCUCUGUCUUGCAGCAGAGGUUUAGAGCUCAGAGACAGAGAGACCUUGAGGUGAAACAUUAUGAGGAGGUCAGAAAGUCAGUCGUCAUGCUUCAGGCUGCAUAUCGUGGAAUGAAAUCCAGACGAAACAUCAAACAGAUGCAUCAAGCUGCCAGUGUUGUCCAAAGAGCUUACAGGGCCCACUGCGAACGCAGGCAGUAUGUUCGUCUCAAAUCAUCUGUUCUGGUCCUACAGAGAAGAUAUCGAGCCACUGUAGCAGCAAAGGAGCAGAUGCAUAAAUACCAAAAAAUGUGUAGAGCUGCUAUUGUCCUCCAGGCAGCGUACAGAGGGCAGCAGGUCAGAAAGGAAGUUGGUCAUUGCCAUCAGGCUGCCACUGUGAUCCAAUCUGCAUUCAGAAAAUGCAAAGAGCAAGCCAAAUUCCAGGCAAUGCGACUGUCUGCCAUUAUCAUCCAGAGACGCUAUAGAGCUCAUGUUCUUCAGAGGAGAGACAGAGAGAACUUCCUGACAAUGAGAUGUUCUGUAGUUGUUCUUCAGGCAGCUUUCAGAGGUUGUCGUGUGCGGAACAACAUGACCAAGAUGCACAGGGCAGCUACUGUCAUUCAGGCCAACUUCAAGAGGCACAAACAACAAUCUGCCUUCAGGAGACAACGCUGGGCAGCCUCUGUCUUACAGCAGAGGUUUAGAGCUCAGAGACAGAGAGACCUUGAGGUGAAACGUUAUGAGGAGGUCAGAAAGUCAGUCGUCAUGCUUCAGGCUGCAUAUCGUGGAAUGAAAUCCAGACGAAACAUCAAACAGAUGCAUCAGGCUGCCAUUGUUGUCCAAAGAGCUUACAGGGCCCACUGCGAACGCAGGCAGUAUGUUCGUCUCAAAUCAUCUGUUCUGGUCCUACAGAGAAGAUAUCGAGCCACUGUAGCAGCAAAGGAGCAGAUGCAUAAAUACCAAAAAAUGCGUAGAGCUGCUAUCGUUCUCCAGGCAGUGUUCAGAGGGCAGCAGGUCAGAAAGGAUGUUGCUUGUCGCCAUCAGGCUGCCACUGUGAUCCAAUCUGCAUUCAGAAAACACAAAGAGCAAGCCAAAUUCCAGGCAAUGCGACUGUCUGCCAUUAUCAUCCAGAGACGCUAUAGAGCUCAUGUUCUUCAGAGGAGAGACAGAGAGAACUUCCUGACAAUGAGACGUUCUGUAGUUGUUCUUCAGGCAGCUUUCAGAGGUUGUCGUGUGCGGAACAACAUGACCAAGAUGCACAGGGCAGCUACUGUCAUUCAGGCCAACUUCAAGAGGCACAAACAACAAUCUGCCUUCAGGAGACAACGCUGGGCCACCUCUGUCUUGCAGCAGAGGUUUAGAGCUCAGAGACAGAGAGACCUUGAGGUGAAACGUUAUGAGGAGGUCAGAAAGUCAGUCGUCAUGCUUCAGGCUGCAUAUCGUGGAAUGAAAUCCAGACGAAACAUCAAACAGAUGCAUCGAGCUGCCAGUGUUGUCCAAAGAGCUUACAGGGCCCACUGUCAACGGCAACAGUAUCUGAAAUUGAAAUUGUCCGUCCUGACCAUUCAGCGAAGACAUCGGGCUACUACGGCAGCUAAAGCGCAAAGAACACAGUACCUGGAAAUGUGCAGCGCAGCCAUCAUCCUCCAAGCAGUGUUCAGAGGGCAGCAGGUCAGAAAGGAGGUUGCUUGCCGCCAUCAGGCCGCCACUGUGAUCCAGUCUGCAUUCAGAAAACACAGAGAGCAAAACAGAUUCCAGGCAAUGCGACUCUCUGCCGUUAUCAUCCAGAGACACUAUCGUUCCUGUGUUCUUAAAAGACGACAACAGGAAGAGUUUCUGUUACUGAAACACUCCGCCAUCCAGAUUCAAGCAGCCUUCAGAGGCUGGUGUGUCAGGAGGGACAUCAGCCGACAAAACCGAGCUGCUGUUGUGAUCCAGUCAUACUGGAGAGGUUCAAUGCUGCGGUGGAUCUUCCAGACGAAGAGAGAAGCAGUAGUGAAGCUUCAGCGGAGGGUCCGAGCAGUGCAGCUCGGCAGAGAGGAGAGGAACAAUUACUCCCAAAUGAGGAAAGCUGCCGUCACGCUACAGAAAUGCUGCCGAGGCUGGAUUGCAAGACGGCAGGUACUUGUGGCAGUUCAGGCAGAGAAGAGACUCCGUUUUACAUCUGCAGUUUUCCAUCAUCUCAGCGCCAUAAAGAUCCAACGAGCCCUGAGAGCUCACUGGGCUUUAGAGUCAGCUAAAAGACAGAUCCAUUCUGUCAUCACCAUACAGCGAUGGGUGAGAGCAAGGCAGCAGAGGACACGGUACCUGGAAGACAGGAAGAAGGUGGUUAUAGCUCAGAGAGUAGUCAAAAGCUGGCUAGCUCGUCGGAACAAAGCCGCUUCCAUCAUCCAGCAGGCUGUUCGGAAAUUCCUUCUUCUGAGACGCCAGAAGAAGGUUCAAAGGGCCAUUGUCAAGGCUCAGGCUCUUUGGAGAGGACACCGCUCCCGCCGACUGAAUGACAAUCCCAAGAUAGUGAAGCUGAGGCACCGCUUACGUCAAGUUUCCGCCAGCAUCCGAGAGGAGGACAAACUGUGCAACAAGACAUCUUCUGCGCUCGACUACCUCCUUCGAUACAAACACUUCUCCUACAUCCUAGAGGCCCUGAAAAACCUGGAGACGGCCACCAGGCUGUCCCCAGAGUGCUGUGAGCGGCUGGUUGAGAGCGGAGCCACCAACAUCAUCUUCACUCUGAUCCGCUGCUGCAACAGGAGCGUCCCCUGCAUGGACGUCAUCACCUUCUCCAUCCAGAUCCUCCUCAACCUCUCCAAGUACCAUAAGACCAUUGAGGCGGUGUUUUCGGUGGAAGACUCUGUGGAGACGCUGCUGGACCUGCUGCAGAGAUAUCGGGAGAAAGCAGGAGAUAAAGUGGCAGAAAAAGGGGGAAGCAUCUUCACUAAGGCCUGCUUCCUUGUUGCUCUGCUGCUGCAGGAUAAGCACCGUGCUCAGGAGGUCAUGAAGCUCCCCAAGGUCUUGGAUCGGAUACGCAGUAUUUACCGCCUCACUGCUCGCAAGCACAAGAUGGACGCAGAAAGAACCAUUAUCAAACAGAAAAUUAACGCUUCUAUCAAUGGAAGCUUUUUCGUUUCAGCAACACCUCGUAAAUCCCGCCCUGCGCCAAAAUUUGCCCCGGAUUGGGUCCUGAGAAAGGACAAACUCAAAGACAUCGUGGACCCACUCAGGGCCAUUCAGGUGGUGGCAGACACACUGUCCAUUGUGUUGUAAAUAGAUAAACUUUUACGUUUUUAUUCAUUGUUGUUUUUUUCUUCAGAAAAAAAACAUUUUUUAUGUUGUUUUCAUUACUAAUUGAUUUCCAUGUACAUAAUAAAACAAAUCUGUGUUUUUAAAAGUA